AUGUGUAAAGAGGCAGACGACCAGGUUCCUGAGAAGAAAGUAGCAAAUCCAAAUGCUCCACCAGAGCCAGCUGAACCUACACCAAUUCCACAAGACGCAAUGGAAACUCCAGAGCAUAAAACGAAUUUUGAUCAUACAGCUCCAACAAUUGCAAACGCGGAAACAUUCUCUGACAAGGAUUUAUCAUCUACUGUUUCAGUAUAA